AGAGUUUCAAUUUUUGUAAACGAAAAUAAUAUCUACGUCACGUCAUCUGUCUGGGUGUCAUGUGUUGUUAGCAACUUUGGUAUUAUGAUUUUUCAUGCUUUUAACAGAGUUUUUGUGUAGUGUUAAGUUAUUUAAUAAAAGGUAUAAAUGGCACCAGAAAGAGCGUUAACUCCAGAGAGCAGAUUAUCUCCAAAGAUGUCAGUUCCGGCGAGCCCGAUAGCCGGAACUCCUAUUCGAGAUGCGCAAUCGCCCAUCUCUAUGCUGUUGGCUGUUGCGCAAAGUCAGAGUAGAGCCGACGAUGACCUUACUAAUUUAAAUUGGUUACAUGAACGUGAUAUUUUAAAAGGUAUGAAUAUUAAUCCCUCACCAUCGAAUAGCAUCAACUCAACACCAAUCAAGGUGUAUAAUCAAGAAGUAAUAAUAGACCAUUCAACACCAACUAGUACUGACGAAUCAGUGGAAUCUUCCGAUAGCUAUCAUAUGCCAAAUCCUCCUCUGAUACUGUCCCCUCCCAGGAACAAGCAUCCCAACAACGUUCCCUACAAUCCUACCAUACAUGCGAACCAUAAACCACCCUAUUCCUUUUCCUGUUUGAUAUUUAUGGCUAUCGAAAACUCGCACCAGAAAGCGUUGCCCGUGAAGGAGAUAUAUGCGUGGAUUUUAGACAAUUUUCCUUACUUCAAAAACGCACCAACUGGUUGGAAGAACAGCGUGAGGCAUAAUUUGUCGUUGAACAAAUGUUUUCAGAAAGUAGAAAAAGCAGCAAAUCUUGGCAAAGGUUCUCUGUGGACAGUAGAUCCUAAAUACAAACCAAACCUAAUUCAAGCGCUCACUAGGUCUCCCUUCCAUCCGAUUUCAACGUUAGAUACUUCCUCUCACAUACAAAAACCCGCGGUGAACGACAAACCUCCCAUCCAUCGUCUGCCCAAUCCAGAAAUGUUGCCGUACUUAGCUAGGAAACUUGCUGCCACCGAAAUGAACAAUCACAUCAUUCACAAUCACGUGAUACACAGUAGCGCUCCUAGAAUCAAGUUGGAAGAUUCCUUGGAUGCUGUAGAUGCUGCGGCAGCCAUGUUGAGUUUGAAGAACAGCCAACCCAAGAAUUUUGAUGCUAAAGAUUUCCUACAAGUCAUCACCAAUUCACCUAGUCAAGAUCACACAUAUAGUGCUGCUGAUAGUGAGGAUGGUGAUACUGUUGAUGAUGGAAAUAAUAGGAUACCAAAAAAUUUUACCAGCCGGAAACUAGACUUCGAGGACGACGAAGAUCGAAGAAUCAAAGAAGGUGCUGAAACUUUGCUGAAUCUAGCAGGAAUAACUUUAAAAAAGCGCCACAGUUCUAGUAGCGAUACGGAAGAGCAAUCGAAAAAGAUUCGUCUGUACCGCUACGAUAUCAAUAAAAACGAACCCGAAGAAAAAGUUGCUCACUUUAAACCACGACUGCUGAGAACAAAAAAGAAGCAGUCAAACAGAAAUAGAGUUACAGAUGAUUGGGUAGGCCACAGAAGAGACAUAGAAAACAAUCAGAACAGAUUAAUAUCAGUGUGACAAUCGCCAUUUUACAUGUCCACUCUAAAUAAUUAGUCAUGGUAUAUGGUAUGAUAAUUUGAACAACAACAAAGAAAGAGCCAUUAGAAGUCGGCUAAAAGAGAGAAAAAAUUGAAGGGUUGAACAGUUCGAUUAUGUUCAAGGAAAAUCCUCCUAUAAGUUUAAUAUGGCAGAAAAAUAUCGAGAAGAAUCAUUGGAGAUAUAGAUCACAUCGAGGAUACAAGAAAUUUCAAUGACCAAUAGUAUAAAAUGAAAUUAAUAAAGAAUAAGUAACAACCGCGGGAUUUAAAACAACAUUUUGGUUAAGCGCUUACAGAAUAUGAAUGAAUAAAUGUCUGAACAAAUGCUACAUGUAAAAUUUUCAAUGAAAUGAAGUUACUUUGUUUAAAUAAGAAAAAAUUCAACAAACAACUUAAAAUAUAAAUGUACUAGACUGUAAGUGUUUAGCUACUGGUAUAUCAUAGUGAAUUGUGGACCCCUAUUUAUUUAUUUAUUUAUUUACUGAAAUAUACAUCCACCAGGUAUAAACCCAUAAAGGUGCACAUAAGAAUACUACAUUGACUGAAAACUCGAUGACAAAAUAUAAAAUAAAAUAAAGAAUAACCAAAAAUGUUUCUGUUGUUAAUACACAUACACAAUAAUAAUAAAACAAAGACCUUAAUAAAGAAAAAUAACAUGACAUCAAUUCGAUAAGCUAUUGCAUAUUUCGCGUUUAAAGAUGUUAAAACUAAGAAAAAAAAUGUCCACAGAUCUUAAGUUAUUUACACUUCUGCACAUACUUUUUAUCGGACAAUAGAAAUUAUGUUGCGAAUUAGGCACCGAAAUAUGAAAAGUUACACCUGAACGUGACACAGCUCGUGGUACAUUAAAGUCUAUAUGACUAAGCAAAACAUCGCUAUUAAUUAGGCAAUUGACAAUUUUGAAGAUGAAUAUUAGGCCGUUUAUUUCACGCUGCUUACGCAGUGUAUGGAAUCCAAACUCAGAAAGGAGUAAAUUAUAGCUGUAGCCUCUAACCGGAUAUCUGUUAUAUUUUUUGAGGUAACAAUAUCUUAAGAAUCUUUUUUGAACAGAUUCAAGAUUAGAGACGAGUUCUGCAUGAUUAGGAUUCUAUACCACGCUGCAGUAAUUAAGUUUACUACUAACAAGUCCAAAAUAUAAACUACGCAAAGCUUCAACAGACGUUACAUCUCUGCAGCUUCUAAUAAUAUAUCCUAAAGAUUUGGUUGCUUUAGAGACCACGGUAUUAAUUUGAGUUGAGAAUGUUAAUUUACUGUCAAAUAUAACACCAAGAUCUUUAAAAUCUGAGGUAGAAGACAGUAAAAUGUUGUUGACCUUGUAAUCGAAAUGUAUGUUAUUGAUCUUUUGGGUAUAGGACAUUACUUUACAUUUCUUUAUAUUUAAGGAUAGUUGAUUAUUGAAACACCAUUCAUUAAUGGCAGAGAUAUCCUGUUGAAGUUUAACGCAGUCGGAAAUAUGGUUAAUUUUGCAUUUUCAUAUCGUCCGCAUACAACAGUGUUUCAGAGUCUACGAUGGAGCAGAUAUCAUUAACAAAAAGGAGAAAUAAUAAGGGACCCAGAUUUGAUCCCUGAGGUACUCCAGACGUGGCAGCAAAACGAAAAGAUCGAAAGCCUUGAUAUUCUACGAACAAACUCCUAUCAGUUAAAUAUGAUUUCCAUAAUAUUUGAAAGUUAUUGGAAAUUCCAAACUGAUCUAAUUUUGUUAGCAAUUUAUUGUGUGAGACUCGGUCACAUGCUUUACUGAAAUCAGUGUAUAUGACGUCCACCUGUUGUCUUGAAUCUAAAGCUGACGAAACAUAUUCUGUAAAUAUACAAAGAUUUGUUGCCGUACUCCGAGCUUUCACAAAACCAUGUUGACUGCUGGUAAUCAAACAACGCACAUGAUCAUACAAGUAAUCUGUCAAGAUAAUUUCGAACAAUUUAGAGAAUGCUGAUAUAAGAGCGAUAGGUCGAUAGUUAGAUAUAUCAGAGGAUAUAAGAAUGAGGUUAAAAAUUACAACAAGUGGUUAUAUGAAUGACUCGGAUAAGAAUUUAUAAAAUAGUAAUAAGAUGGUGGAAUAAUGUAGUGGAACAUAAGAAGAUGGUGAAAGUUCAGAGGGCUUGGUUUAGUCAAAAUUUACACAGCAAAUAUACGAUUUAGUUUAAUAUAUAUUAGAGUCGGUGCUGUCAGUGAAUUAUGUACAGUUUAUAACAUUUAGAAACUAUCAAAAAGACAGUGCAGACAUUUUAAAUGAAAUUAAUUAGCCAAUUUUUUAGGACCAAUGAAAAUUAUUUCUUUUUAUAACUAACUAGAACUGUUGCAUUUGAAUCGUUUGCAUAGAAUGAGAUAUUCCGUUAGAUACAUCAUUUUAAAAUCAUACAUAGCUACAACUCUUAAUUUAUAUGUUUAUGAAAAUAAAAUGUUUUUUGGUCAGUGAA